AUGCAGCAUUUUGUUUAUGUUGUUAUCUUUUCAAACCCGAUGUUGGAGAUCAAGCUGGUGGUGAUUCUUUUGUUGGUGAGGGUUUUUCAAAUUGGAAGAAAAAAGAAAAAAUUCAAACUCAUGUUGGAGGUCCCAAUAGUACUCAUAAUCAAACUUCAAGGAAAUUUUCUUGAACUUUUCAAGUUUCUUGCUGAUCAUAAUGAAGAUGUCAAAAUGGUUACAUUGAGCAAUGCUCCACAAAAUCUCAAGUUGACAUCUCCUGAUAUUCGAAAAGACAUUGUGAAUGUAACCACAUUUGAAAUUAUCAAUGUGAUUAUUAGAGAUCUUGGUGAUGCACUUUUUUCUAUUUUGAUUGAUGAAGCCCGUGACAUAUCAAUCAAGGAGCAAAUGCCGUGGCAAAGAAUCAUAAUCAAAUUGUUUUACUUUUCACUUUGGUUUCUAAUGUGGGAGAAGCAAGCUGCAAAAGUUGCUGAGGCACUUAAUACUAGAGAGCUAUCUAGUGGGCAAGGCUUAAAUCAAGAAACUAAUCUUAAACGUGCUGGUGAUACACGUUGGGGUUCACACUAUGGUACUUUGCAUAAAAUUGAUGUUCCCCAAAUGGUUGAUAUGUUUGUAGCUCGAGGGAGAAAAAGGCGCAAUGCUCAAGAAAUUACAAACUUACAUCACUAUCGCACUGAGUUAUUCUACACUGUUUUAGAUAUGCAAAUUCAAGAACUAAAUGCUCAUUUCACUGAGUCGAACACUGAGUUAUUACUUUGUGUGGCAUGUUUGAAUCCAUCUAACUCUUUCUCUAGUUUUGACAGGAAAAAGUUAAUUCAUCUUGCUCAAUUUUAUCCCAAAGAAUUUUCUUCAGUGGAGCUAAUGGUACUUAAUGAUCAACUUGAUACAUAUAUUAUCGACAUGCUAUCCAGUAGUAAGUUCUCAAUGUUGAAUGGAAUCGCCGAUCUUGCUAAGAAAAUGGUGGAGACUAGAAGAGACAAAGUAUAUCCAUUAGUGUAUUUGUUCUUAACCUUAGCAUUAAUCUUACCUAUUGCAACUGCUACUAUUGAGAGGGUAUUUCAGCUAUGA